AUAUCUUCAUUCAAAUAAAGUUUCAUUUUGUUGAUAACUAUAACAGCUUUGAAAUUGUUCAGCAACUAUAAGUAUUAUUUUAUCAAUAAUAUAAUUUCUUCUUCCAAAGUUAAAACAAACAUUUCCAAUUUGUUGUUAAAAGAACCAAAUGAAUUAAUAAUCUUACUAGAGAUGUAUGCGGUUUCUUAGGCAAAUUUGAAGAGGCGAAAAUACCGGGGAUUCCCCAAACGAAAAAAAUUUUGUUAGAGAGUAGUCCGAGCGCCAUAAAGUGAUCUGGAACUUCUAUGCGAACUAACCUCUUUAGGUGCCAAAAUACAGGUGAAAAUUAAAAGUUCUGUCAAAUUCCGUGUAUCAUCUCAUUUCCACUUUAAAUGUAUUGAAUAAAAAUUGAUUUAUUUGAAAUAAUCAAAAUUUCCAGUUUAAGGUCGGAGAUAUCAUAAUGCAAAACUGUGACACCGUUUCCUUUUCUAAAAUUGAGAGCGAUGAGAAUGAAGACGAAGGAUCUGAUACAAUCAAAUCACAAAAUAGUUUUAUUUCUCGACUUCCACCUCCGGAACUGAACAGUACGAAAUCUAAGCCGAAAAUAUUUUGUUGGCAUUCCAACAGUUGGAAGGAAGAUAUUGACCUCCUAGAUCCUUGCCCAUCCCAGGAUUUCCUUCAAGAGAAAUUCAAUCUUGACAGUAACAUCAUAACGCAUGAACCAACACUUCCUCCUGAUACAUGGCUACUCUAUGGUCCAAUAGGAUCCCGUAAUGCCGUUUUAGUGUUCAAAAGUUCAGCACUGGCACAUACCACUGAAUUAUCAAUCAGGGAAAAACCUGCAUAUAAGCUUCACAUAACAUACAAAGUACUUCAAGCUGAAACAAAACUUCUGUCAAAGCUAUUAGACUGCCAUGGCGUUACUGAAGUUGCAGCUAAUUCAUCUGAUUUCAAUUUGUUGUGGACAGGAUCACACUUGAAACCAGGUUUGUUAAGGAGUUUGGGUACUCAUCAGAGAGUAAACCAUUUUCCUAGAUCUUAUGAGUUAACAAGGAAAGAUAGAUUGUAUAAAAAUAUUGAGAAAAUGCAAUAUGCCAAAGGAGUUAAAAAUUUCGAUUUUAUUCCUCAAACUUUUGUGAUGCCUACAGAGUAUAGAGAACUAUGUCAAUCACAUAAUCGAAUCAAAGGGCCUUGGAUUGUGAAACCUGUUGCCUCAAGUAGGGGUAGAGGUAUAUUUAUUGUUGAAACGCCAAAUCAAGUGCCUCUAGAAGAACCUGUCGUUGUGGCAAAAUAUAUAUCAAAUCCUUUACUGGUUGCUGGUCAUAAGUGCGACUUAAGAUUAUAUGUUGUUGUAACAUCCUUUGAUCCUCUCUUGGUUUACAUAUAUGAGGAGGGUUUGGUUAGAUUUGCAACUGUUAAAUAUGAUCCUAGUCCAAAGCAGUUGUGGAACCCAUGUAUGCACCUCUGCAAUUACAGUAUCAACAAAUAUCAUAGUGAUUACGUCAAAUCUGACGACCCAAGUGCCGAAAAUGUAGGACAUAAGUGGACUCUGAGCGCAUUGCUCAGACAUUUAAAAUCUGAAGGAAAAGACACUAAGUACCUGAUGCUACAAAUAGAAGAUUUAGUGAUUAAAGCAAUUUUGGCUUCCGCAAAUUCUAUAGUUUCAGCAUGUAGAAUGUUUGUACCUAACCCCAGUAACUGUUUUGAGUUGUAUGGUUUCGACAUAUUAAUUGAUGACAAUUUCAAACCGUGGCUCUUAGAGGUGAAUCUUUCACCGUCUCUUGGAUGUGAUAGUCCGUUAGAUGUUCGAUUGAAAUCUGCAAUGAUGGCUGAUCUUUUGACAUUGGUUGGAAUACCAGCAGUAGAUCCUAUUUUAAGACCAACUCAUAGUGGGGGAACAACUUCUAGAAAUGGAUCUCAUAACAGGAUGAAGUUUCCACAUUGUCGGCAGGUACAUUCUGCAGAAGGAUUAAACAAUACUUUACCAAGGAAAAGAAGUUCAUACUCUAGUCAAAAUAAUAGAUUAUCUGGCAGCAAUCUGACCUUAUCAACAGAAGAAAUGCGAUAUGUGAAGAUGUCUAAACAACAGUUCGAAAGAAGAGGAGGAUUUGUGAGGAUAUUUCCAACCAUGGAUACUUGGACAAAAUAUUCCCAGUAUUUAGAUUCUAUUUCCGGAGUACCUAUAUCAGGGACACAUUUCCAGAAUGUUUAUGCAAUAUCCAAUUCUUCGCAAAAUUUGAAUCUAGUCAUUUUUACUCAACUAUUUCCAGAGAUUUCUAUUCUUCCCAAAAGUAGUGAGAAAACUCAGGGGAGAUAUAGUUCAUUGGAUAGAAAAAAAAAUUAUCAUGAAAAUACAUCAAAAUCAAAACCUGGGGGAACUUCACAAAUGGCAAGACAAGAUAGAUAUGAAAGGAUGCUUUCCCAAGGUCACCGAUCAGCCCUUGGUCCAUCUCGACUAAAAGAUACUAAAUGUGCUGAACUCCGAAAAGAAAUAAUAUGUUUAUUGAAGGAUGGAAAACGAAUGUCCCAAAGAGAGACUAGAAAGACCUUCAGUCAUUACUUAGAAUGGAUUCUGCACAGAAUUUCUACUGAUCCAAAUCAGGAGGAGCAUGUUGAAAUUGUGCUCAAAUUUUUGCAGAAAGCAUCAAAUUACUUGCGAUCUCCAUUUUCCGUUAAGAUACCAAGUGUGAAGUUGUGCGGAAAAGACAGAGCUGCUAUAAUUGCAAAACAAUUUAAUGAUUUUAUUUAUCUUUAUAAUAAAGAAACCGAAUAUUUUGUUGACAAAACAGAGUAUCCAAGUCAGAUUCCCGAAAAAUUGUAUGAUAGGUUUCUGGCUAAUGCAAGAGAAUGUGACUUGGAGGAAGUUUUAAUUUACCAAACAACACAUUCUGUACCUCAAGCCAUGAAGCAAGGAAUACAAGGGCUUUUGAAGAAUAUUCCAAAUGUUCCAAAGCAAUCAGCCAGCAAGAAUGAGAAAUUAGCACCAACACAAUCAUAAUCAUUAAAGUUUUCAUAUUCAUUUUUAUAAUUGGAAUUAAGGAUGGAGCAGGAUAUUAGGUUUUUUCACUUGAUUCUUUUCCGUUUAAUACGCACAAAUGGUUUUCUACUUUCCAGAUAGGCCUAUUAUAGUUCCAAUUAAAACAGUUUUGGCAUUAAAUUUGAUAUUCUGUGUUUGUGAAAAGUUAUGUGUUCAACAUUUGGUCAUCAUUCUAAGAAAGCCAAUUUGUCAGAUUCCUACUGAUUUGUGAGCUGCUGUGACCAAAUAGGUUGUGAUAUGAAAUAGAUUACUCAGUUAACAUAAGUAUUAUUUAUUUGCGAUUUUUAGUUGUUUUUAUGGAAAUUUUAUCUUGUUUUUUUUUUUCGUUAUUUAUCAUCCGCUUGUAAUUCAGCUUGGGAAUAUUGUACCAUGUUUUUUCAGGUUUUAGAAGAGGACAUUUUAAAUCAGGUUGCUCAUUACAAUUAUGCAUCAAGUUUUUGAAUUCACAUGAAUAAAAUAAUUUCAAAGUAACUCAAAUAUAUUUCAAUGAAUUCAAUAAUUAAUCUCUAAAGUACUAAGGAAAUUGAAUUAUCAUACAAAAUGUACUGCCUAAAUUGUUUCCUUCCAUGUCAAAUUACAAAUAAUUGUAACUUGAAUAUUCUAAGUUUAAUAAUAUUAUGUACUGGCAUUGUUGAUUCAUUGAAACACUGGUUUUUAUUCAGAAAUAUAUAAAAUCGCUUUAAGCUUUGAGAUAAAUGCUAUAUCUAGGAUCAGUCCAAUCACAAGGCUUUAACAUCUGCUAAAUAAGCAAGUACCAUAAUUUUGUUUUUCAUUUGAAUGAAAAUAGAUUCACACUUAUUACUUUAUAGUUACUCAAAAAGUAUCUGAUGAAAGGUUUGCAUCAUAAAAAAAUGAAUUGUAGGAAUCGAAUAAAUAAUUUUAGUACCUUUACAUCAAAAAGCCUUGAAAAAAUCAUUCCAAAAUGCUUUAAUAGUUCAGAUUUUGCAAUUUUAACACAUACAUUUUUGAAACUAUAUUAAUACAUUUUUACUAUCACCUCUUAAUGCAAAGUUUUGUGGAGUUUGAAGUGGACUUUUGUAUUAGAAGAACUUAAUUUUCUGUAGUGCCUAUAUUUAGAGGCUGAAAUCAGUAUAUUAAAACAUGUUUUCACUCAUCUAGUCAAUAUGGUACCUAUUUUUUAUAUUUAUACACUAUUUAUAUCUUGUAAGUUAUUGCGAGUAUUUUUAAUUCAUGUGCGAUACGCUUCAAAGCUGAAUAAUUGAAUAUUUGUGAAAUUAAUAUUUUUAUUUAAUGUUUCAUGUGAGAUAACAAUUUUUGAAUCUUUUAUAUUUUCUUGAGGUUUAGGCUAAAUAAAAAUUACUAACUUUGC